CAUGAGUGUGUGUGGGUGUGGGUGUGUGUGAGGAAGCAAGUGGAAGUCUCCUCAACAAUCUUCAAUAUUUCUAGCUACUCCCAUCCCUGUUCCUUCCCAGCUAUUACACGUGCGGGAUGAGGGUGUGAGGGACCUGUGAAAAGAGCUCAUCGUUCAGUCUCUCUCAGUUACCUUCUUGCUCUCCCUGCCGCCGACUAUCACCUGCCUCACCGAUGUGCAUAGAGUCCAUAGAGAAGAGUGCUGGUCUUCAUCGUUCACAGACGGGACUGGAGCAAUGCAGUGAGAAUAAAUGAAUUUUGACCACCUGCUGCCCUCUCCUGCCUGGCUCCCCGAUCCUGCUGAGUCCCCCUGGCAGUCUCUCACGGCCUCUCCUCCGCGCGUCGUCUGCUAGCUAGGGGAUGGACAGCCAUGGCGCGAUGACUCACUCCCCUCCUGUCAACUAGCCUAACGCUCCCUCACCAUGGCUGGCCUUGGCGCUAAGGAUAUUUUGCGGAACGUGACGGCGCUGGAGCAGUUGAUAGAGGAGAUCAACUUUCAGCGUGCCAAGGAGAUGCGACAAUGUCUCAUGUCAAAGGACUCCGACACUGGGUUCGUCAUGGUGCAGGGAACCACCUACUGGACAGACCUCUUUGUGCGUCACUUCCUCUUCCAAACUGACAGAUCUACAGAUGCUGAUGAUCUCUUGUUCUUCAUUAGAAAAAAACAUCUGAAAGGUUCUCGAUACAUUCCAAAAUACCAGACUGAGGUGGAAGUAUAUCGGAGAGACAGUCGCAAGUUGCCCAUUGGGGAUCCAGAUGUGGAUUGGGAAGAGACAGUUUACCUCAACCUCAUCAUCCACCAGUUUGACUAUACUCUCACCUUGGCAGUCUGCACCCGCACCAGCCCCAAGGACCUGCAGGUGUUGCGCCGCCAUUCACAGAAAGUUUACGCCAGCCCAAGUCGACGCAGAAUGGACACCAAAGGAGAAGUGGAGGAAAUAACUUAUCCCAGUGUCUGUUUCCAUGUGGACAACUUUGAUGAGGUGUUUGCGGAUAUGCUUGUACGUGACGGAGAGAUGGUUUGUGUAGAGCUUGUUGCCUCGGACCAUGCUGGCAUCCGUCAGGCGGUGAUCUUCCUAGGUUCCAUUAGAUAUGAUGCUUUGAAACGAGUGUAUGAUGCCAGAGCAAGUUUAAGCAGUAAGGUGGCUCAGCGAAUGAUGAUGGGUCUGUUUGCUGGCAACAGCAACCAAAGAAUAGAGUUUGUGAGAAUGAAGGGACCUCAAGGCAAAGGGCAUGCAGAAAUGGCAGUGACAAAACCAAAAGGUUCAGGUGUAGAGACCCCCACUUCAGAGCCGGGAGUGAGUCUGACAGACAUGUGGGACUGUGAUUGGGAGGAUGAGCCUGAAGACAGGUUCAUUUAUAGGCAUCAGAGGCGCCUCAGUGAUCCCAGUGCAAACUUCAAUACUUUCAUCAAUUCUGGAUGGAAGUCUAGGCCAGAGGGUUCAAGAUCACGCUCUGAGAAUGAGGGUCUGGACUACUUUGCUGAUGGCCUGUACGAAAUAGAGUCCGGAGAUGUGCGUGAUGCGGUGUGUAGUGGUAGAUGUUGUUCUGUGGUAGCAUGCAACACAAUUCAGGAAGAGGAGGAAGUACCACAGGCAGUGCAGUGUGCCAAAUGCAGACACUUUCAUGGGGAUCAGCUGGUGGGGUCUGGCUCCCCAAAAGAAGGGUCUUCUCCAAGUCUAAACUUGCCUGGUCAGGUACCUGAAAGUGAUUCCCCACUUCCCAAGCCGUCCCAGUGUCGUCCUUCCACCCCUCCGUCUCCCCAUGAGGGCAGCCCCCUACUCCCAUCCCGCCCUGUAUCACCUGAAGUGUCAGAAAGAGAUGACAACUUGCAGGCAGUAAAUGAUGUACAAAAUGAAACUGCUAAUACUGGUAAACAUGAAACCAAUGUGCCAAAUGACAGUGUUGAGACAAGAACUGAUUCUGGUGCUAAGUCAGCUUCAGGCGAAGAUUUAGAUAGACAGGAGGCAGCAAUAUGUGAUAGUAGUGAACCAAAAGAAGAGGUGUUUGUGGUUAUUGAACCUUCAACAACUGAUUGUGGCUCUGGCAUAAGUGAGACUUCUUUCAUUAGUAAAGAUAUUCAGAGACAGAUAUCUAAAGCUAAUGAAAUGCAGACACAAUCCGAUUCCCUUAAAAGCGGCACUUGGAAAAUAGAAGUGUCACCCAGAAGCCCUCUCAAAUCACGUCCGAAGACACCAGGUGGUGCUCAGAGAGUCCAGACCCCUUCACCUAAGGGAGACUCAGACUCCCUUCCUCCUGAGGACUGUCAUCCUCUUGCAGAUCCUGAGUCUCCCACUGCCUCCUCCAGAUUAUUAAAUGAAAAGGAAGAUGAAAUACAAGAAUUAAUGAGUGAUAGAGAAAAGCCUCCAUUCCAAAAAAGUCUUUCUGUUGAUUCUGCCAAAAUGAGUGCAGUCAGAGCGAGAAUGAAUGGUAAUGAAUCACCAUCAGAAUCCAUUACAGCGUUAAACCUCAGUCCUGUCAAGACGAGAAAGAAAAUCUCAGUGCCAUUCAGAGUGACGCCAGAUGGCACCAAGGUUAACUUUCUCUGCGACGUCAAGCUGGAUGAUGGGGCAUACAAUCCUCUGUGGACCACUAAAGGCUUCACUCAAACGUUCCACUUCUGGAAGGAGUCACGGCGGGCUCAGUCUGUUCCCCUAAAUGCUUAUCUAACUUAUGUAACUCUACCAUGGUUCACAAUCAUUACAGACAUCUUAGAUCACAGGACAGGACCAAUCCUGACAUUUUAAUACCAUGGUGGAAGAUUGGUGCUGGUGGAGAGUCAACAUCAUCCACACCCCACACUCUGGUCAGCUUCCUGAGUACUCUGGUCAGCUACUUGAAUACUCUUCAUCUUAUUUGAUAUUUUGUUCUGAAACGUAUUCUUUAUCUAGUUUUUUCUGUUUGAUUUUUUUAUUUGUAGAUUUUCUUGUUUAUAUUCUUAAUGAAAAUAUUUUUAUGGGAGUCUCCUGAAUGACUCUCAUGUGAAUGUUUCAAGAUUUUUGAGUUGUAUCAACAACAUACAUUAACACCCAACCUGUUAUUCUUGCUAUAUCAUAAUUAUCACUAUUCACUGCAACUACACCACACUGUAACUACAUUCACAUUGUGUUUGCCUUGUCACUGGAACACAAUUGCCUAUCACAACCACUUUAUUAUGUUGUGUAUUGGUUACGUGUACUACAGCAUGCCCUAAUAUCUUGCCCAUCAUUAGCUACACCUCUCAUAAGUGGUGUGUUGUCCCAGGUACCUCAAGACCCCCAAAGCUCCUUUCAUCAGGAGCAAGGGGAAUCAGCUAUUCAAUUAAAGAACGGAAACAAUCACAUAACACCUGAAAGUAAAGUAUAAAUGCUCUUAGUGUACAAACUGUUUCUGACAUACAAAAGGUGUGUCAGUGUCAACAGAUGCAUGUACUUUGUUACAAAAAAGAAUGUAUGGAGUGUUGCAUCUUCAACAACUUUAAAGAUAAUGAAAAUAUUUAAAUCAUGUAUAUAACAUGAUUAUUUUUUUCUCAUUCUAAGGCAACAAGCACAAAAAGAGUCAUAUACUGCAGUUUUAUUUAUGAUCACAGGUCAUUAUCAAGUUCUCUUGCUCAUCAGGGUGUUUAUUGAGCCCUGCAGUAGGGUGUGAGGAAGCAUGGUGUAUUUAUGAGGCCUCCUAACACACCUUUGCUGUUGUGGUCUUCUGUGUCUCCUCUUCAGUAUUUUAGGAUUCAGGUUUUUCACAAAACAAAACAAAAAAAGGUUUGUGUGUGUAUGUGUCUGUGUGUGUGUGUGUGUGUGUGUGUGUGUGUGUAUGUGUAUGUGGGUGUAGGUGUGGGUGUGUAUGAGCAUGCCUGAAUGUGUGAGAUGAGUCACAAAAUACACAUUGGUGUGGAUUUAGUGUACAGUACAUUCCCAGGUAUACUUGGUCAUCUUGGGUGUGUGGACAGAUGUCAAUUCUGGAACCUUUUUAAACAGCUAGAGUUCAGGUCACCUUACGUCCAGGUAACAAGUAACCCUUUGACUGUCCAGGAUUCAUACUCUUGUUCUGACUUCCCUUGCAUGUUAGUUCCUGUUAGUAGUGUUAGUAGGAAAAGAUCUGUUUGUAUACUCAGUUACCAUGGGUGUAUAUUGUGCCAACAGGAGCUAUAGAAACAAGGAUGAUAACUUAUGUGAUAAGUGCAGCAUGAAUCUUUAAAAAUAUAACUUGAAUAACAAGGUCUAAGUUAUCCAAAUAUUAUCAUCUCCAUAAUGAAUUAAAGGUUGUAUUGCAGUUCAUAUCUGAUUAUAACAGUCAUACUCAUAGGAACCAAUUGGAUGUUCUCUCAGACUCUUUACUGUAUUCUAGUCAACGCAAGAGCGUCUUGGUUGUGCAUGAUGACCUGUGCAGUCCUUGGGCUCUCAGGCUGUCUCUCAGUCUCAGUGCAUAUGGUUGUUGUCUACAGUAGUCAAAAGAUCGAGGAAAAGUAAUAUGUACAACAAUAAAUAAGAAUACAAAGAAUGUAAUAAGUAUAUAAAAAAAAUUUUCAAUCCACAUUUUCAAAUUUAUUCAUAUGUAAUGUUACUAAUCUGUGGCCAAAGAGUGAUUUAUACAGAUAUAUUAUAGGUUUGAAAGCUAACGUUUGAAUUCUACCCGUGUAUUAGAAUUUUUUUUUCUUUUCUCCUUUUUAAAACUUGUGACUUUAUUACAUUAAUUCUUAACUAUGAUAAUCAAAGACAUAAUGAUUACAAAUUGUUAAGGAUGGAGAGAGUUAAAGUUUGGUCAGGGGACCACAGACAUGGAGGAAUUUGAAUUACACAUAUAUACAUGUUUUUUUCACAUAUGCACAUGUCUGUUCUGUUUUCAUAGAGAAAAGUUUUUUUUUUCAGUGUACUUUUUCUACUUAAACAUUAAAGUAGGUUAAUUAUUUUCUUUUGAUUCAUAGUUUAUGAUCUGCAUUGUUAUUCUUAAGCACGUAAUACAUAACUUGGGCAGUAAUUGUAACAUGGCUAAUUUUUUUUCCAUUUUGAAUGCUAUUUCAUUGUCAAAAUCAGUAUAGUAGUAGUGGUAUCAAUUGGUAAGAUGCUUAACAUAACUAUAUAUUACAAAACUAUCUGUAGCCAAAUGGCUGUAAUAGUCUUACCAAAGAUGAAUUAAUGUCAGAUACAUUCAGAGGGAAUAUUUUUUAUAUCAUAGAAACAGUAACUUGAAUUGCCUUUUAAAGAGUAAUGCUAUUGAUUUUUGUAAUCUCUUCAGUCAUGUACACAAGGCCUCCUUUACCUGUGGCAGGGACUGCUCCUUGGAUAGGAGAGAUCCUUGGCUAGGAAAGGAAAAGGCCUACCAGGCCACUGUGAUAAUUCAUGACCGGUGUAAUGGUGUAUCCCAGCCCGUUUCCUUCGCACAAGAACUUUGGAACUUAAUGAAACCAUAACUAAUGAAGGAAGGUUAUAAAAUUGACUUGAGCACUUGUUUUAGAUGAAGGACAUAGAUAACAAGUGUUUUAUCUUUAAAGGGUAGCUAUAAAAGUUGAUGUAUUGUAUGGUAUGGUAAAGAUUGGUGUUCCAACUUUGUGUUAAAAGUAUGUUCACAGUUUCAGAGAGAAAACCACUGAAGAAAGUGUAUGAAUGUCACACAUAUGCUCAGUUUUUAUGAGUGUACAAGAUUUUCUUUUGAUAGAUUUUUACUUAUAAUUGUAAUUACUUGCUUGGAUAUAUUUACAUUUCCAAGCCAAUGCGAUAGUAGAGUUUAUUCAAUAUUUUCAUAAAAUCAAUGGUAAUGAAAAAAGCAGAUGCAAGAGCAUCAUGCAGCAUGUUGUCUUUGAGGUGUCAUUUUCCAUAAUGCUGAUGUAUACUUUUUUCAUUAUGCUUUCUUCAUAUAAGUCAAGACUAUUGAUAUGAAAUUCACAAGCUGUUUUUGAGGCUCCUCAAAAGACAAAUCAAAUAAGUGAUGAGUUGAAGUAGGUGGGCAGCACUAGGGUUCCAUUACUUUCUUACACUCCCCUUUACUAAUGAAUUUGUAUGAUGAACCAGUUUAUUUAUCAUGCUGAGGCCUCCUUGUGUUUCCCACAUAUUUGUCGGGAAUUUAUGAAUGUAGCACAGGGAAGAAAGCAAAGUUUAUAUUGCUUGUAAAUUUUUUAAGGUAUUAUAACCAUUUUCAGGAGAGCCUUCAUGUUCCUUUUGUGUAAAGCAUGUUUUAUAUCAAAAGAACAUGUAGGAUUCAGAAGAAGUGAUGUGUACCCUGGUGCUACUUAUUCUAUCCCAAGUAAUAUUUUGAGAUUAAGAAUUCUGAUUAAAAAAUGAACUUGAAAUGUACUCUGCUUUUACAACUAUGAAGGCAUUCAGAGUUCAAGCUGUGAGUAAGAUUCUAAAUUACAGUGUAGAGGUAAUGGCAGAUUUUCAGAUUAUUGUAGACAAUUCAGUGUCUUGUGGUAGUUAAGACUAGCUUUUUUAUUUGGUUAUUAUAUUUAUCUAUUAAAACAUAUUUCUUUAAAAUAUCUUCUGAAACAACCAGAGGCUAGUAAGCUAAGGUGAAGUACUUGUAUUAACCAAGGUGAAAAACUUUUCUAAAGACAGUUAUAUAGAUUAUAUGAGUUCAGCAAAUCUAGCCAUAAUAUAUUCCCUUUUCAAAGUACACAAGGGAAACCACUGUCUGCAUGAACUCUUAAGAGAGUGUAGGUCUUAUGGAAGAAAACCAUUCUGGCCCUUCCUGCCUUUGCCCAUAGCUACUCCCUCUGUCUUGUAAGCUUCUUGAGGGACUUACAGGAAACUAAUAUGAGCUCCUUUCAGUGGUCAAUUUUCAAGCUCCAUCAGUGUUACUUCAACAGCGGCUAAUGUUUUCUAACUGCAUAUUUCUUUCUCAAAUCCUCUGGUGCUUUCAGACUUAUUUUGGCUUUUUAAUUCAGCAUGACAAUUAUUGAAAGGUUAGUGUAUUUUUCCAAAUGAUUUGAAAUUCAGCCAGUUUGAAUCUUAAAUAUAGUAGGUAAAUCUGUCUGACAUAGUUUGCAACAUGGUAUUUACCAUUACCAGAAAGCUUACUUACAGCUUGGUACAGUUUCAUCUGUGAUAAGCAGAUUGGAAUAAAGAGAAAGAUUGCAAA